AUGAAUGUUGAUGAUAUUAUUAAGAUUAGUGAUACAGAGAAGAAGGAUGAUUCAACUAUAGUUUCAAUGAAGAGAAUAUCUAUAUCUUUCAAGUACAAGACAUUGAGUCUGAUUGUGCUGAAACUCUCAAAAUAUGUUCAAAUCAGUGAGCAGAGCAUCUCAACAUCUGUGAAGAUAAACAGUGAGAUGAAGACAAGCUAUUCAACCCCUGCUAAGAUGAUUAACAAGGCUAAGAUAAGCAGUGUGUAA